CUGUUGACUGCUAUUUUUAAUCAGAUGGAUGCAUCUAGAUCCCUGUGAAGGAGUAUAUGAUCAACCAUUGUUGUAUGAAAUGGGGUGGAACAAGAAAUUAAAUUAUGUCAUUGCUUUUUCUAUAGAUGGAGUUCGUGAUGUCACUAAAUACUACACGAGGAAAUGGAUUGAGGUUUUACCUCGAAGAGAUAUUAUCAGAGAAGAGAUAUUGUCAAACUUGCUUGCAGAAAAGACAAGACAAUGUCGAUCAACCUUUACAUCUCAAUUACUGUCUGAACUUGAAGAUCGCGAUGAAAAAGAAAAGCAAGCAAGAGAAAUAGACACCGACGCUAUGGACAAUUCUUCAGUUUCAUUACCUGGAAGACAAAGUGGAGACAAGGAGUGGCGCAAAUCAAGGUUGGAGAUUGACUCUGAUGAGGAGUGCUCUUUGAGUUCUUCUGCAUGUCCUGUUCGUAAAUGUGCGGAUGAGCACGUGACAAGGAUUUAUGAGGGAUUUCAAUCUAUUCUAUCUCGACUUCUGGAUGAAGAAUUUUCCAAGUCUACAGCUAUAGAAGCACUGGUAUUUAUUCAAGGGAUUGUAACUAAUCUCAAGAAAUCUUCCUUUAGAACAAGAAGGGUUUUGGUAGAUUCAGACUCAGAUGAGAUGAAAACCCUUUUGCAUCGGUUGUUUCCUUCCUUGAAGUAUUUUCUUGGUGCUUUGUCACUAGACAGCAAUCUGGACACUGAUGGGAGGGUUCACAUUUGGUUGGCUAGUGAGCCUGUUUAUACAUCUUUAGCAUUGCCUGUUGUGCUAGAUGCUCUUGAAGAAAUUAUACAAGAUAUUAACAAAUGUGAUAACUUUGAUAGAGCCUUUCUAUGUAUUCCUCGUCUGAAGUUUAACAGAAUGCAUUCAGGCUCAGUCCUUGCAAGUGGCGAGGAACUUCCUUCUGGAAUAGCAACGUCGGCAUUUGAUGGGAUUCGUUCAUCCAAAUGGGAAGAGCCAAAUGGUGCAAAAGGUUGUUGGAUCAUAUAUAAGGUAUUAGACAACAAGAAGGAAGAACUCGUUGCCUAUGAGUUGAUGUCCGCUAAUGAUGCGCCUGAAAGGGAUCCGAUGGAUUGGUUGGUUGAGGGAAGUGAAGAUGGGGGAAGCAGUUGGCAUCUUCUCGAUGAACAAACAAAUCAGAUGUUUGACAACCGUUUUCAACGUAGGAGUUUCUUUGUUGCCAAAACUGGUUACUUAUCAAAUGCUUUCAGGUUUACAUUCUUGACAGUUCGUGACAUCGACUCGACAUCAAAGUUCCAAAUUGGUAGCAUUGAUUUGUAUUCUCGCAAGUUUUAGCUCAAUAAAAAUGAGAGCUUCGAGAUCCGUAUGGUUCUCUUCAAGUUGGCCGAACAGAGUUCAU